AUGUUCGCGACGGAAGGCCAAGACAAAUGUAUGACGGUUCCUCCACCAACCUCAUUGUCUUCUUUCACUGCCGCUAUAUCUGCACUCUUGGCAGUCGUGACUGUUCCUUGCAACGUUUUGGUGUGUCUUGUCAUUCUUAAAUGUCCACCCCAGUUUAAAAACUUGCGUACACCAUUCACAUAUUUCAUCGUCAACCUCGCCAUGACCGACGUUCUUGUCGGAAUAACAACAGAACCUAUGUCAGUGGUGUAUCACCUCAUGGAAGCUCGAGCUCUUUCUUCAACAAGUUUUGUCAGGUUACUGCAUUUGCUGUACUUCUUGCCUUGCACUGUCUCCGUUCUAAGCAUCAUGGCGCUUACCUUCGAGCGAUUCUUCGCGAUCGCAAAACCCUUAAAAUACAGACGAAAUGUGAACCAUUUCAGAGUAUUCGUGGUUUCGGGAAUGAUUUGGAUUUUAUCGCCCGUGUUUUUAAGUCCUUAUUUCGCAAUGGGCUAUCGCACCUUUUCGUUUUUAUUUGCCAACGUCGUGAUUUUGGUGACUCUGUGCUCUCUCCUUUACGCUUAUUUCAAAAUUAUCAAGACUAUCCAAAGCAGGAAAAAACUCCGACAGGAAACACUUCGAGGAUUCUGCUUUGCGAAUCAGAAAGCAACAUUAUUCGAGGAAAAAUUGACUUCCACGUUUACUUGCAUCCUGAUCCUAUUCGCUAUCUGCUACGCGACACCUUGCCUUCUAAUAUACAUCAUGAAUUUAUGUACAAACUGCUCAUGCGAGGCAAUCCACUGGUUGAGGGACACUUCAUUUCUCUGCGUCAUCUGCAAUUCUGCCAUCAACCCAUUCCUGUACGCAUGGCGUCUUCCCAGUUUCCGCAAAGGGCUGAGGUUUAUGAUGCUUGGAAUCAGUAGAAAAUCUUCGCUACCUAAGAACAGCACA